AUGUCAAGUAAACCAUCCAUCAUAGUUCUUAUAUCUGGCAGUGGUACCAAUCUUCAGGCAUUGAUCGAUAACUGUGAAAGCGGUAGAAUUCAGGGUCAUAUCACUCAUGUGAUAUCCUCAUCUGCCAAAGCAUAUGGUUUAGAGAGAGCAGCCAAAGCCCAUAUUCCCACCACUGUUCAUAGAUUAAAAGAAUACUAUCAAAAUAUUUCCAAAGAAGAUAAAGAGGGGCGAGCAUGUGCUAGAGGACGGUUCAACAAAGACUUGGGAGACCUUAUUCUUAGUAGGCUCGGUAAGCCAUCGUUGAUAGUAUGUGCCGGAUGGAUGUUAAUCCUCUCCAAUGAGUUCUUGAAACCAAUGAGUGAGGCUGAUGUUCCCAUAAUCAAUUUGCAUCCUGCAUUGCCUGGAGCUUUUGAGGGAACUCAUGCCAUUGAAAGGUCAUGGGAAGCCGGUCAGCAGGGUAAGGUGACUAAAGGAGGAUGCAUGAUCCAUUACGUUAUUCAGGAGGUGGAUAAGGGAGAGCCGCUUAUUGUGAAAGAAAUCCCCGUAAUCAAAGGGGAAACUGUCGACGAUUACGAGACUAGAAUUCAUUCCAAAGAGCAUGCUGCCAUAGUGGAAGGUACUGUUAAAGUACUAAAUGGAUUGAAGCAGUAA